AACAAAUUAAUGAGUUGUAAUAAAGUAUAAAAUGUCAUUUGAAAUACUGAAAGUGCAUUUGCCAUAUUGCCAUUAUGCUUGGCGUAGUGUCUAUACUAUUGUAUUCAUGUACAACAAUUUCGGGAUCAUGGGACGGGGUGAGGUCAUUACCAGAUGGCCCUCUCAUUUUCACUCCGUUCAUUGAAAAUGGUGAGAUAGAGAAAGCGAGAGAACAAUCAGAAGUGGACCCAUCUCUCUUCGCAGGCGUCAAGAGUUACGCAGGAUACUUUAAUGUGAAUAAAAGGGCUCAAUGGAACCUGUAUUCAUGGUUCUUUCCCGCCCCAGAUCGUGAUCUAAGCAGUACGCCAUUGAUAAUCUGGUUGCAAGGAGGUCCUGGUUACUCUUCCUUACAUUCUUUGUUCGAAGAGAUUGGCCCAAUAGAUUAUCUAUAUUAUAAUGAAACUGUGGCUAAACGGAAUAUUACAUGGGGAUCGGACUAUUCACUUCUCUUUAUUGACAAUCCAGUGGGAGUUGGAUUUAGCUACAGCGAGAGUGGGGAAUAUGUGACUAAUAUUGAUGAGGUUGGGGAAUGUCUUCUAAAUCUGCUUCUUCAAUUCCAAGAAGUAUUCCCAGAAAUGAAAACUGCGCCGUUGUUCAUCGCCGGUCAAUCGUAUGGCGGCAAGUAUGUUACGUCUUUUGGACGAUACAUACACAGAAAUAACUUGGAUCCGAAAAAGAAGAAAAUUAAUUUAAAGGGUUUGGCGAUCGGUGAUGGUUGGAUAGAUCCACCGACACUGCUGCACCGCUCCGAGUUGGGAUUACAAUUGGGACUGCUGGACAAAACUCAAGCUGAUAUGAUUAAUUACAUGGAAAAAUUAGCUAGAUAUUAUUGGGCCAAUGACAAAUUUGAAUUGUAUGAGAAGGCUGCACAAGCAGGCUUGGAUAUGUUACAUAUAUUUGCACCGACUAAUCUUAAACACAUAUUGUCAGACAUAAUAGUAGAUGUGUUGACGUAUUAUGAGGAAUUUCUAAAUAGACCUGAUGUACAGCGGGCUAUCCACGUUAAAACAAUGCAAUAUUCAUAUUUCAACCCUGUCGUUGAAAGGGAAUUAAAAAAAGAAACUUAUCAAACUUCAAAACUAUGGUUGGAGGUGUUAUUGGAGCAUUAUGGAGUUCUGUGUUACAAUGGACAACUAGAUGUUGUGGUUGGAUACGCGCCAUCAAAGAACACGUACAGGAGUUUGAAUUGGACUGGAGCGCAGGCGUAUAGAGACGCUGAGAGAGUACCCCUUCUUGAUCCAGAUACUGGUGCCAUUAAUUCGUUUAUGAAACUAGGUGGGAAUUUCAUGGACGUACUGGUACGUGGAGCAGGACACAUGGUGCCCAAAGACAAACCCCGCGCCGCCAAGCAAAUCAUUGAUAUUUUCAUCAACAAGUUCAAAUAAAAAUAUUUCUGUUAAUUAAUAGAGAAUAUUAAACGAUAUUAUUUCAUAA